AUGUUUUCCAAAUUCUUCCAUCGUCCCACGAACCGUGUCCACCAUGACACCAGCCCAGAGGAACGCCGCCUAGUGAUGCGGCUCGACAUGUUUCUGCUCACGUUUGGCUGUCUCUCUCAAGUGAUCAAGUUCCUUGAUCAAUCGAAUAUCAACAAUGCGUAUGUAUCUGGAAUGAAAGAAGAUCUCAAGCUCUACGGAAAUGAGCUCAACUACUUCACCACCUAUUUCAAUAUUGGCUAUUGCGUUAUGCUCAUCCCUUCUCAAAUCGUCCUGACGUAUGUCCGACCGAGCUACUGGCUCCCUGGCUUGGAAAUUGCUUGGGGCGUACUCACCGGGCUCAUUGCAACAGCCAGCAGUGCCCGUCAAGUGUAUGCUAUUCGUGCAUUCCUUGGUCUCUGCGAGAGCAGUGCCUGGCCCGGCAUGAUGACUCUUCUCAUGCAUUGGUAUACUCCACUUGAACUUGCCAAACGCAUGGGCUUUUAUCACUCCUGUCAAGCCAUUGGCAGCAUGAUGUCUGGUGCUAUUCAGGCUGCCAUCAGUACCACGCUUGAAGGUCAUAGUGGCCUUGCUGGAUGGAGGUGGCUCUUCAUUAUCAAUGCGAUCAUCACUGUCGUUUGGGGCUUUGCAGGAUUUUUCAUGCUUCCCGACUACCCGAACAGACCCAAUCCGAGGGCUUUCUGGUUCUGCAAAGACCAUGCUGAGAUUGCCAUGUGCAGGUUGGCUCGACAUGGGCGCGCUGAGCCAGAAUCCGUCUCAUGGGCCGGUGCGAAGCGUACAUUCUCUACCUGGGUCACAUAUUUCUUUGCGGUGCUCUACAUUUGCACUGUCAUUGGCAACUAUGGGUAUACCUUCUUCGGAUUGUUCUUGAAGAGCUUGAGAAAUCCGAAUGGCAACCGGACUUGGACUACUGCUCAAGUCAAUGCAAUCCCUAUUGGCGGCAGUGCCAUUCAGGUUGUCUUUGUGUGGGUUUGGGCGUUCAUCUCAGACUAUCUGCAGCUUCGAUGGCCUUUGAUCAUGGUCCAGAUAUCGAUCGCGCUCAUCCCUGGUAUCAUCAUGAGUAUCUGGACACGACAUCCCCAGACGGUCGGAUUGUCUGCCGCUUACGCCAGCUAUUUCCUGAACUAUAUGGUGCUUGGAACAGCGCCUCUUAUCUUCGCUUGGCUUGCCGAUAUUCUGCCCCACGAUGCUGAAGCUCGGCCACUCGUUGUGGGUGCUGCCAUUACUGGCGAUUAUGCCAUUGCUGCCUGGUCAAACAUUCUGAUGUGGCCGGCGAAGCAAGCACCUCAUUACAAGUAUGGCUGGGAAGCUGCAAUUGCUCUCCUGACCACUGCGAUGAUCAUGACCUGUGUGCUUCGUUUCAUCGAUGGGAAAUAUUUACGCAAACGAAGAGAAGAGUUCACGGCCAUGCUGGGGCAACCAUUCACGGUGGGCACCAAUGAACUCGGCGCCGUGAAUACCAACGAGGAGACCAAAAGCGUUGGGAGCAUUGACAAACGGGCUGAGGUGAUGAUUAGCAAAUAG